CGCUUACCUCGUCAUGGCGCUGCGUCCGCUCCCACCGCAGCCUCCGUAAGGCGUUGCUAUGGCGGGCUCCGGCCUCUCCUCGCCGCCCCAGCCGCGUCUCGGCUGGCUCGUGGCCUCCGCCGCUUUGGCCGUGCUCGCCUUGCUGGGGUCGGCCGCGGCUUGGCGCUGGUGGCGACGGGGCCACCGUCGGCGCAGGACGCGGCUGCAGCGGGUGGGGACGGUGUCGGCUCUCUUCGUCUACCCGGUCAAGUCCUGCCGGGGGUUGGCCGUGCAGCGGGCCGAGGUGACCCGCCUGGGUCUCCGGAGCGGAGACAUGAGGGACAGGUGUUGGCUUGUAAUAAAAGAAGAUGGACAUAUGGUGACUGCUCGGCAAGAGCCACGGCUAGUGUUGAUUUCUAUCACCAGUGAAAAUGGUUGUUUAAUUCUAAGUGCUCCAGAAAUGAACGAUCUUCGCAUUCCUGUCAGUCUCCCAACCAGAAAUGCAAUCCAGAACUGCAGGCUGUUUGGCUCUGAUAUCCAAGGCAGAGAUUGUGGAGAAGAGGCAGCUCAGUGGAUCAGAACCUUCCUGAAGUCAGAACCAUACCGUUUGGUUCACUUUGAACUAAAUAUGAGUCCAAGAAAUUCGAAAGAUGCAUUUGAAACUUUUCAACCCAGUGAUAAGAUUGCCUAUCCUGACUGUAGUCCAGUUAUGAUACUCUCUGAAGCUUCAUUAGGGGACCUAAAUUCCCGAUUGGAGAAGAAAGUUCAAAUACGUAACUUCAGGCCAAACAUUUUGGUUACAGAGUGUGGUCCUUAUGAGGAGGAUACCUGGAAUGACAUUAUAAUUGGUGAUGCAGAAAUGAAAGGAGCAAUGGGCUGUCCUCGGUGUAUUUUUACUACAAUUGAUCCAGAUACUGGGAUUCUGGACAGAAAGGAGCCUCUUGAAACCUUGAAAAGCUACCGUUUGUGUGAUCCUUCUGAACAGCAUAUCUACAAAUCACACCCUCUCUUUGGAUUCUACUUUGGAGUUACUAAAACAGGAACUGUUCAAGUUGGAGACAUUGUGUACAAGAUAAUUCGGUGAUGUGAUUGCCUUCUAAGUGGGAAAUAUUUCAUAUGAUUGAUAUGCCUUUCUGUGAAAACUGUGAUUAAAAUAAUGGUUUAGCUACCUUUCUACUGAACAUUUUGAUGUGCAUUCAGCCAAAACAAAUGUAAGAUUUGAUACACUGUAUUUUAAAUAAUAAAAUAAUGAUAAAUUUGAAGAGGGAAACUUCUUACAGUCGUAAUAAGCAUAUCUUUUAAGUUAGGUCUGUAACUGAAUCUGACCCCUCUCAGAAUUCAACUUUUUGUAAUUAUAAUAGAAGCUUACUGGGAAGUCUUAGUAAAUUGUUUUUUGUUUAUAUUUUGGCCGACCCUAGUUCUAAACAUAUAAUUUAGGUGUAUGUAACAUUGAUUUCAUUGUAAUGGUUAUGUAUGAUUGGUUAGGUGCAGGUUUGGACAAGAGCUUGUGUGUUAUUGCACUGCUCAUAUUAUAUCACCCUCUGCAUAUUGUUAUAAUUUGCAGCAAUGGUUCAGAUAGCUUGGUAACUUUUUCACUUUGUGACAGAAUUUGCAAUAUCUACUUUGUUUAGAAGAAUAUUGGAAAGUAGCAAAUUCACUGACCAUUACCUUUGUAAGGCUGCAAUAAACAUUUACCUGGAGUCAUGAGAGUUGCCUGGUUGGGAAAUGCUCGGAAAUGUAGGACUUUUUCUGUCUAAACAUGUACAGGAUUGUGCCCUAUGGGAGCUGACUCAGGAAAUCUUAUUUGAAUGUAUUUUUAUAGGCAACUUUCUUUUUCAUGUAAAUAUAGGAGUGAAAUUCUGUGUAAAUAUCUAUAAUCCAGUUUUGUAAAUCCUUUAUACCUGCUAUUAAACUAAAUCUAUAUAUAAUGUGGUAUAUAGGAACCACAUUAUAUAUGUGGUUAGGAACUUGGCAAAAAAAUGCUGUUUUUGGUGCUAGCUACUUCACAGCUAGUUUUAUUUGCAAUGAUAAAAAUGAUGAAUAAAUCAUAAGACAAGCUUCAAACCUAAUAGGAAUGCUUCAUAAUGUUCUGUAUGUAGAACUGAUUUCAGAGGCUUUGACAUAUGCAACUGAUUUUCAAACACAUACCAUUUAUAUUUGUUGUAUAAUUAUCACAGAAGAGGCUUAAAUAAAUUGGACUUAACUACUCA